CCUUGAGUGAGCCCUGCCUGUGCUGCUGACCUUGGGUCACCCCGGCAGCAAAGGCCGGGGCUGAGCAGGGCCUCAAUUGACUAUUGUCCUGGUGCAGAGCCCUUGGAAGCACUAGGGAGUCACGUAGACCAUGUGCUGCCAGGUUUAAACCCUGGCUGUGGGUGCCUGCUGGAAUUAGAGCUCCGUGCAUAAUGCUGUAAACCCGCUUAAAACUGGUGAAAGUGGUGUCUCAACUCCUGACAAUCUCUAUUUCAUCUCACUUCAGGCCAGAAGAAGGCCAAAUUUGAAGCUAUAGAGUGUUAUUGGAUUUAAACAGCUGGUGAUUGCCAGCCCCUUCAUUUCCCCAGCUGGAGAUCUCAGUUUUGUUUCAGGGAUCAGAAGGAGUGAUUUUGGGGGCCUGCCAGCUCCCCAUGUUGGGCAAAUGUCCCAUGGAUGUUUAUGGCCCUGUGCUGGGCACUGGAAGAGCUUCUUGUGGUGAGCUGGGCUUGGGGGAGCUGGAUGUGGCUAAUUCUUUGGGCUGGGCUGAUGGGAAUGAGCUCCUGGGGAACAGCAUCCCCCUUUCUGCUGGGAGCUUGAGGGAAGAGUUCCCUCAGGGAGUGCAAGCUCUGCUACCUCUGCUACUAGCAAGGGGCAGCUUUUGCCCAUCCUGCCUGGCCUAGGUGUUUCGCUGAUGGCAUUUCCAGACCAAAAGCUGGGUCUAGCUUACAAGGGCGCAAGGUGCCCAAAUGGCUGUUGGAUAGCUGGGACAUCUUUUUGCUGUGGAGAUCCUUCUCUGGACAAUGCUAUGUCCAUCUCAAGCUGGGGGAGCACAGGAGGAGCAGGAAGCAAAGACAGCAGGGCUGGGAUGAGCCACUGUGGAUUUCACACUUGUGAAGAUGCCAGGUGAACCUCUGUUGGCUGCAGCACAAAUCUGUGUGGGCACUAGGCUGAUGGUGGGUUGUGGGAGAAAGAUAUGGGUCUCUCAGCUUGUCCUGCUCCAUGGAGCAAGAGUUGAGGCUCCCCGCCUGCCCUGCAACAGUUCCCAGGUACUCAGAGAGCCCUGCUCCAGGGGAAAGGUUUUGUGAGCUCAAAGGGCAGCAGAUGCCACUGAGUGUAUAGCCACUGUAGGGAAGCCUUGAGCUGGAGGAAUGUGCGAGUAGAGGCAGAGGUAUGUUGUGCCUGGGCAGGGUCUCUGCUUGGAUGGGGGAAUGUCCCUCUUCCUUUGACCCCAAAAAGAAGCAAUGUGAACCACUUCAAUAAAGGCUUUGCCCCAGAAAUACUCUGGGGCAUUUGCAGUGCUCUAUAAAUGUGAGCUUCUGUCUUUCUGUGCUGGAGUCCUGCCAAUCUGAGCUUUCAAAAGCGCAGCAAUUUACUGCAUUAUGUAACUAAAAGUCUUGAAAUCAUACCGUUCCAGGCCCCUUUGGAGAAAGGAUAACUGCUUGUGGGUGGGACCUAGGAGAUGGCAGGGCUUUAGUCUCCUGAGGGAUCUUUUUUGAGGUGAUACCAUCCUCAUUGUCUCAAUUCCUGCUCUCACUAUUGCUGUGCAGAGGAGGGUGGCUGUAGGCUACCCAUUCCUGCAGAUUAGUCAGGACUUUUAUAGGGAGGAGUUGUGAUACUCACAGUCAUUACUUGGUCUCAUCAGUCUUAAUUACUGCAAAUAUGGCUAUUUUAUUUCCUAAUAGGGUGAACUGUAGCUGGUUGCCUGGCAGCUGUGAAUUUGAUUUCUAAUCACAUCUUACAUGUUGCAGCUCUUCCAAAACAGCUGUAAAUGUCAUAACUUUGUGUUCAGGUUGUUUUUGGUUUUUUUAAUUUCCCUUUUUGCAAAAGGGAGGGAAUCUUUCCAGUUGGGCUGGCUGCCUUACGUGUGCUUUAUUUUUUUUUUCCUUGCUUGUUUGAAACUAGUUCUGUGUGGGGGCAAGGAGUAAAUCGUUAAGAAGCCUAAUGCAAUUGAAUGACGAGCUUUCUAAAACUGAUCUUAAUAAGGAUUUUCAGUGAGUCAGGGAAGAGUGUUGUGGCAUGCAGAACUCUUUGUGUAAACUCUCUGGCAUCAGACUUUGGGAAUCUUUGGUCUCAAAACCUUGUUCAGCUCAAGGUUUUUCAUUGUGCCUCAGCAAUGCAAGAGAGGUCAUGUUUAACCUGCCAGAAGCCUUUUAUUUUACAGAGAGAUGCCACUUCAGCACCUACAGGAGCAGAAAUGCUGCUUGUAGGGGAGGAAAAAAUAAGUUAAUCAAGCCACAGUCAUUUUGGAGAGUUGAGCUCCUUGGGAGCAGUGAAAGAAUUAAACCAGUGUAUAUGUCUCAGGAACAAAAGGGAAAAAUCCCCAACACCUCAUCAAAACCUCCUCAGCCUUUGCCUUGGAUGGCUUUUAUUGCCUGUAGUUUUAAUUAGUGCUCACAAGUAGAUUAUAUUCCUUGCUGGGAGCUUUUAUAGCCAACACCUGGUAGUUUCAGCUUUUGAAAAUCUUUUGGAUAAAUCAUUGUGGUUGGAUGAUGCUUUAGGGUUCACUGAAGGCUGUGAAAGCUCAGUGUGACUCAAAGCAAGAGGUGGUGGAAGCUCCAGUGUGUAGCUUGUGUGGGGAGGGCAUGUUCAGCAAUUCCCAGUGCUCAUGGUGGGUUGGUGGGCUGCUCUGUGUUCCAAGAGACCAGACUGCAUUGGGAGUCUCUGUGAAGCCUGGCAGCUCCCUCGGUGGCUGCUGCUCCCACGUGGGUGCCCACAGGUGUGUGUUGGCCCAGGGAUCUGCGUGCAGCCAGACACCAGAGAUGUGGCUCAUCCUGUUGAGUCCCAGAGAGGAAAUCAGAGGAAAUGGGCUUUGGCUCCUGGGCAUAGUUCAGCUGUGGACGUGCCAGGGGCAGCGUCUUGUCAAUGAUUCCUUUGUUGGAGUGGCUUGGAGCUGCUCAUGAUGGUCAUGUGUUGCACUGGCCAGGAUGCAGGAAAAUACCCUGCCAGUGAAAACUCAUUGUCUGGGUCACACUAAACUGGUCUUAGAAGCUUACAGAAUCCAACCUCCUGUGCUUUUCUUCCUCUUGCCCCGUGUGGGUCUGGGGCAUCACCGCAGCCAGGUGUCAGGUGGCUCUGGCAAACCUGUUGCUGUAUCAGAUAACUGCUGCCAGUACCUCCAGUGCCAGGAAGGAAGGAGCAGGAUCUCCCCAUGACUCUGGAUCACCAGCUGUGCUUCGACCAGGACACUGGGGUCCCAGCCUUGGAUGUGCACCAAGUGACACAGAAUCUUUGAUCCCCAACUGAAUCAUCACCGACUUGAUUCAAGAUGCCACCGGCCAUUGGAGGCCCUGCAGGAUACACUCCUCCUGAAGGAGGGUGGGGAUGGGCAGUGGUCGUCGGAGCCUUCAUUUCCAUUGGUUUUUCCUAUGCCUUCCCCAAAUCUAUCACAGUGUUCUUCAAAGAGAUUGAGGUCAUCUUCAAUGCCUCCAGCAGCAAAGUGUCCUGGAUCUCCUCCAUCAUGCUGGCUGUUAUGUAUGCAGGAGGUCCCAUCAGCAGCAUCCUGGUGAACAAGUAUGGCAGCCGGCCCAUCAUGAUCGUAGGUGGCUGCCUUUCUGGCUGUGGGCUGAUCGCAGCCUCCUUCUGCAACACUGUGGAGGAGCUCUACUUCUGUGUUGGGGUCAUAGGGGGUCUUGGACUUGCCUUCAACCUGAACCCUGCCUUAACCAUGAUUGGCAAGUACUUCUUUAAGAAGCGUCCACUGGCCAAUGGGCUGGCAAUGGCAGGCAGCCCUGUCUUCCUCUCUACCCUGGCACCCGUCAACCAGCUCUUUUUUGGCAUAUUUGGCUGGCGUGGCAGCUUCCUCAUCCUGGGAGGCCUCCUGCUGAACUGCUGCGUGGCUGGAUCCCUGAUGCGGCCCAUAGGUCCCAAGCCAGAUCAGAAGAAAGAGGCCAAUAAGGAAGUGCAGCAGGAGGCUGGGAAAGUGGAGAAAAAGGAUGAUGGUGACACCAGCACGGACCUCAUUGAUGGAAAGGCCAAGAAAGAGAAGCGCUCAGUCUUCCAGACAAUCAACAAAUUCUUGGACCUGUCUCUAUUCACACACAGGGGCUUCCUGCUCUAUCUGUCAGGCAAUGUAAUCAUGUUCUUCGGGUUGUUUGCUCCCUUGGUCUUCCUCAGCAAUUACGCAAAGAGCAAGAAGAUUCCUAGUGACUCUGCAGCCUUCCUGCUCUCCAUACUGGCCUUUGUGGACAUGUUUGCCAGACCUUCCAUGGGACUGGUGGCAAACACCAAGUGGGUCAGACCCCGCAUCCAGUAUUUCUUUGCCAUCUCUAUUAUUUACAAUGGUGUUUGCCACCUCUUGCUCCCCAUGUCCACCAGCUAUGCUGGCUUCUGCAUUUAUGCUGGCUUCUUUGGCUAUGCCUUUGGCUGGCUGAGCUCGAUCCUGUUUGAGACCCUGAUGGACCUGGUGGGAGCUCAGCGGUUCUCCAGCGCUGUUGGCCUGGUGACCAUUGUGGAGUGCUGCCCUGUUCUUCUGGGACCCCCUAUGCUAGGGAAACUCAAUGACAUAUAUGGUGACUACAAGUACACAUACUGGGCCUGUGGGGUUGUCUUGAUCAUCUCUGGGAUCUACCUCUUCAUCGGAAUGGGCAUCAACUAUCGCCUGGUGGCCAAGGAGGAGAAAGCGAAGAAGGAAGGGAAGGAGGACGAGACCAACAUUGAUGAGACUGGGAAGAACAAAGAGGCAAAAAAUGAUGUAGCCCCCUCACCUCAGAAGAAUGUGGAGGGUGGUGUCAAAGAGGAGGAGAGCCGCAUGUGAGGGACCGGUGUUACUCCCGGAGUGUCGGGGAAGCGCUGCUGCCCUGCUGUGGCGGCUGGGGCAGAGCUCCACUGGCGCUGGGUGGCCGUAAGAAGUGUUUAAACCGAGUGUUCAUUUUUAAACAGGCUCUGAAUUGUCUUUCCAUCUGUGUUAAACAAAGGUAACAGGACUACACAUGCAGUAUCCUCGUGUGUCCAGGGGCAGGGGGGCUUUUAUAGUCUGGCUUUUUAACAGUAACAUGAAUGUACUAAUAUGUGCCUUACAGUCUCCAUAUCUAGCUGAAUCUGAAUGAGCCUUAACUCUAAACUGUGCUUUAGCUCUGUAUUCUGCUUGGGGUUAGGGGGCGGGGGGAUAUGUGUGUGUUUUGGGGAGUUUUGUUGUUAAAAAGCCAUAAAAAGCAGGAUACUGGAUUUGUUGAAGCACAAUGGGCUUCAGGGCCGGCCCUAGAUGAAUACUGCUUCACACGCUUCUUACUGCAGGUCCUCUGCAGGGGAGAUGCAGGCAUGGGGCAAGGUGCUCCUUAACCCUCAUGCCCAGUGCCUCCUAGCUCUUUAGGUGGUCUUUAGGUAUGUUUUGAAAACACUUUAGCUACUGUAGUUCUUUAAAAUCCCUGUUUUUGUAGCUGUUUUCUCACGGGAUAUUCAGGUUGAAGAAAGAUGGCUGGGGUUAUUGCUGGGCAGUGUCACCCACUCCAGUGCUGUGGCAGCCCUGCUUGCCCAAGCCUUCCCUGGGGACUGUUGGGGUCCCCCCUGCCUCCCCACUCUGCCUCAAUCAUGCCUGUUCUCAUCCCAGUGCUGGGUGAUGUGAAAUGGGCUCAGGUUGUGGUGCUGGCAUUCAUGCUGUUGGCUGUGCUGCCCCAUCCUGCCCGUGGCGUGGGCUUCCACCAGAGCAUCCCAUCCAGCCAAGUGUUUUGGGUGCCUGACCUUAGGCAGAGUGGUGAGGUGGGUGGAGAUGGUACAUCCCUGAGACUUUUUCUGCUUUUGCUCUUUUAUCUGUUAGAGAAACCUCUUUUACUUGCUUCUGUUCAACUGAGAUCUUAAGGCGAUGGAUGCUGAACCUCUCACAUCUAGGACACGUAAGGGGGAGGAAAGAAUUUGUACGUAUUUAUUUUUUAUUUUUUAGUGUUGGAAAAUAUCUCAACGUACAUGGAGCAGGUUAAUGGCUCUCAAGUUCUAGCAAUGUUGAUCAGAAUUCAUGUUAAGAGGCUUGAGUUUUUUCAAAUAAAUUUGUUUUUUUACAAUUUA